UCUGAGAGAGAGAGAGAGAGAGAGAGAGAAACUGAGAGACUCUCAGAGCUUUGAGUGUGGAGAUAACAAAGAAAGCGCCGAUUUUUUAUUUCUUGGCCUUUCAGAGACAAAAACCAACAUACACUCGUGUUCAGUUUUUCUUCUUCUCGUUAUUCUGGAGAAAAUUUGAGGGCAAAUUUCUUCACUCUUUUCUGUCUCUGCUGCUGGCCUACUGCUCUACUACUAUCACUAUGGUUGCCUGAGAUAAAUUGCAUUCAUUUCAACAGUUACCUCCUUAGAUCUUGAGAAAUGGAAAAAGAAGGGAAAAGCCAAAGAGAGUCUAAAGCUACAGAGUCAGACUUUGUAUUGCAAUGGGGGAACAGAAAGAGGCUUAGAUGUGCGAAGGUGAAGAAAGACCAAAGCUUGAGCAACACCAAAUCGUCAGACUGUUUGAGGAAGAAGAAGAUCGCUUCUCGUGCCGAGAAAGAGUCUCCCGCUCCACUACCCCAGCGUAUCGACAAGAAUUCAGCUUCGCCGAUGAAUAGUGGGAAGUUAUUUGUUACUUCACCGGAGAAGGAAGAUCGGUAUUACACAACAAGGGGUUCAAUAGGCUUGGAUGAUAAUGGGAAGGUGUUAGGAUUAGAUUAUCCUGGUCAUGCAAGGGAUGACAAAGGAGGCCAUGUGUGGCCAAGAUUGUUUCUAUCAUUGUCUAGUAAAGAAAAGGAAGAGGAUUUCAUGGCUAUGAAAGGGUGUAAGCUACCUCAAAGGCCCAAGAAAAGAGCAAAGCUGCUCCAAAAAAGCUUACUUUUGGUAAUGCCAGGUGUAUGGUUAUCAGAUUUGUGCCAGGAGAGGUAUGAAGUGAGGGAGAAGAAGGCUUCAAAGAAGAGACCCAGAGGAUUGAAGGCCAUGGGUAGUAUGGAUAGUGAUUCAGACUGAGAGAGAGACAUAAGAACAAGGGCAGAAGAUACAGUCUUUUUUGGAUAGUUAUAGGACUGGAGUAGGCAACUAGGGACAGAGAUCAAAGCCGGGAAAAAGAAGUUAGAAAUGGUGUAAUCUCUGUACCCUAAUCCCUUGGUUGUCUAUGUAUGAUUGCUUUGGCAUUUUUGAGAGUUGGAAAAUAAAUUUCAUCAUCUUCCCUAGUUC